AUGGAAGAAGAGCUCAUCCUGAAUAGCGCUACGAUGGAGUCAGAUGGUAACGUCGUAGAUGUGUACGAUGUCCACGAUGGCCAGCUCUACAAGACCCAAGGCGACUUCAAAAGAGUUCUCAAAGCAUACGCAAUGAAAAGAGGUUUGGAGUAUGCACCGACCAAAUGCAACGAUCUUAAGAUAAUCGCACGAUAUCGUGUCACAAAUUAUCCGUGGAGAAUAAAGGUCGUGGCAAACGAGAAAUACACGCUGAAGAUGGUUCAGACCGAGAUUCUCCGGCAGCACGGCGUAAAAAUUUCCUACUGGAAAGCCUACCGGGCCAGAGAAAGGAUCCUUCAAGAGGUGUGCGGUGAUUUCGAGGGCUCGUUCGCUGCACUUUCCUUGUAUAUGCGAGAGCUGAGGAGUGGAGAUGCGCAGGCAUGUCUUCAGCUACUUUACCAGGACGAGGGUCGUUUCCACCGUUUUUUCUGGGCAUUCGGUGCAUUGAUUCGAGCAUUCAGGAAGCACUGCAGGCCGCUGAUUGGAAUGGAUGGCACGUUCUUGCAUUAUUACGCGACGUUCAUACCAUUAUUUUACUAUGUUGCAAUAUUAGGUGCUCUGCUGAUCAUGUCAUGUAUUGAUGGAAAUAACUGCAUACUGUUAUUAGAGUGGGCAGUUGUGGAAGGUGAAAAUCACUAUUCCUGGCAUUGGUUUCUGGACCAGUUGCGGGAUGGUGUCGUCGGUGAUCGCGACGUCAGCAGAGCAAACAGUGUAUUUGCUAUUAUUUUUGAUCGCCAAAAAGGUUUGAUCGAAGCUGUAUCCGAUGUUUUUCCGGAUGCAGCUCAUAGUUAUUGCAUGUACCAUCUGUCUACCAAUCUCCCGCACGCGCCAAAAAAUACACCUGCGUGGAGAAGAUUUUGGGCGGCGGCGCGUGCAUACACUGUCGCGGAGUUCAACGAACACAUGGAGAAGAUGAAGGAGUUGAACCCCGAACAGUACAAAAAAGAUAUUAGAGAGCUUCAGGGAAGCGUCCCGCUUUUACAUGCUGAACCCUUCGACCAGUGUCCUAUUUCAGGUUGGAGAUUAAUUUCAGCAGCUAAAGGGGAGUUUAUGGGCUGCAAUCCUUCUACUUAA